AUGUCUAAUGUAAAAAAGGUAUGCAAUGGAUGUCGUUCUGCCAUAGAGGACAGAAGGUACUUACGCUGUAGCAACUGUCAGCUGUUUUAUGACUUAGUUUGUGCCAACGUAUCGGAGCAGCGGUUCUACAAUACUAUGACUGUAGACCACAAAGCCCAGUGGAGGUGCGUGCUGUGCAUGAGUUUGCAGCCUAAGUUUGAUAACACCAAAACACCUAUUCGUGUGGCCUCUACCGAAGUCACGAUGCGCGAAGGGGCUGCUGUUGCUACUUCUCCACUGGCGCUGGAUGUGCUGGCUGUGGAACAACCACCUUCUCUCACGGACACUCUUAAUGACACGGCUCACAACGUAACAAUUGAAAUAACAGAUUUCCAGUCAUUUGUCAUGGAAAUGCGUGCAUUUAGAGAAGAAAUCCGUGAAGAAAUCAGAGCUAACCGUUUGGAGGCCAAGCGACUUAAUGAUAGUGUGGUCAUGCUUGCAAAUCGAAUUGACAACUGUGAAAGCGGUAUAAAAAAACUUAAUGAGCGUAUUGAUCAGUUAGAAGUCAGUCCCCCACCCGCCCGGGAUGAUGUCUCAUCCCUUUCUUCCGAAAUCGAUCAAUUAAAAACUGAACUCAAUGAUCGUAAUCAGGAAUUACUGCUCACAGACAUUGAAUUGACCUGUAUACCCGAGCAGAAAGAGGAGAGUUUACUGCAUAUUGUGAGCGUGGUAGCGACAAAGCUGGGUGUUGAUUUGUCUGAGCAAGAUAUAGUAAGUGCUGCGCGUAUGGGGCGUACUAUUGAUGCCACACAGUCUUAUGCCAUACCCCGACCGCGACCUAUUGUGGUACGUUUAGCGCGGCGUGCCACGCGGGACAAACUGCUUGAGGCUGCUAAAGUACGUCGUGGGGCUACUACGGAGAAUAUGGGCUUCUCUGGCAAGACUUGUCGCUUCUUCAUAAAUGAAAGGUUGACGAAGCAUUAUUAUGCUUAA